AGCGCACAGCGGGAAUGUGAGGGCAGGAUAGAUUUUCCGCCGCUGAAGAGGGCACAUCCUGCUGCCCUGCUACCGGCUGCCUGCUGAGCCGCCAUAUGCACGACGUCCAGCGGUGUACAGCAGCCAUUCCAGGCUCGGGUCCAGGAUUGCCGCUGCGCGGUCUGAUCCGCCAGUACCUCCAGGCCCCGUGGCCUCCCUGUGCCCAUCCAUCAGGCUGGAGUGGUCCGUCUCCGAGAAGCAUCCCACACCCCAUCAGUUGCCCCUCCCCCACAUCGUGAAUAAGGGCAGUACUGGUCCUAGACAAAAGCAGCUGAAUGUGAAGAGGUGAUGUUGGGCAAGUAAUGUAGAGUCCCACCAACUGCAGGAUUGAACCCGCUGUCGUUCGACCCAGCCACCAACAAUGAGCCCCUGCAGUUCAGCAGCUCUGGCGGGUCCCUGGUGACUGACUGUCCGCUGGAGAACGGCACCGAGAAUGGCAAGAAGAGGAAGAGGCCCAGCCUGACCGCGGAGGGAAUUCGCAGCAUGACCAUGGAGUCCAGCCAGAUGGGCAUGCCAAUGUCUGACCCCAACGCCUGGGCCACCGCCAUGAACAACCUAGGGAUGGCACCCAUGAACAUGACUGGGCAGCCUCUCAUGUCAGAUUUUGACCCCAGCCUCAGCAUGAUGGCGGGCAUCGCUCCCAUGAACCCCAUGAUGCCAGGCCUUGGCAUUGUGCCCCCACCCAUCACACAGGACAUGCCCGUCGUCAAGGAGAUCAUUCACUGCAAGAGCUGCACCCUGUUCCCGGCCAACCCGAAUCUGCCGCCUCCUGCCACCAGGGAGCGCCCUCCCGGCUGCAAGACGGUGUUCGUGGGAGGCCUGCCGGAGAACGCCACAGAGCAGCUCAUCGUGGAGGUGUUCGAGCAGUGCGGUGAUAUCGGCGCCAUCCGCAAGAGCAAGAAGAACUUCUGCCACAUCCGAUUCGCAGAGGAGUACAUGGUGGACAAGGCGCUCUUCCUGUCCGGAUACCGGAUCCGGCUAGGCUCCAGCACCGAUAAGAAAGACACGGGCCGCCUGCACGUGGACUUCGCUCAAGCCCGAGACGACCUGUACGAGUGGGAGUGCCGGCAGCGCAUGCUGGCCCGCGAGGAACGGCACCGGCGUCGCAUCGAGGAGGACCGACUGCGGCCGCCUUCACCGCCACCCAUAGUUCACUACUCCGAGCACGAAUGUAGUCAGCUAGGCGAUAAGAUCAAAGAUGACUCAAAAUUCCCAGAGGCCGUCCGGGUGCUGCUGACCUGGGUGGAGCGUGGCGAGGUGAACCGCCGCAAUGCCAACAACUUCUACUCCAUGAUCCAGUCGUCCAACAGUCAUAUACGGCGGCUUAUGAACGAGAAAGCAGCACACGAGAAGGAGAUGGAGGAGGCCAAGGAGAAGUUUAAGAACGCGCUGGCUGGCAUCCUGGUGCAAUUUGAGCAGAUUGUGUCUGUAUUCCGCGCUGCUUCCAAACAAAGAGCAUGGGACCAUUUCUCCAAAGCCCAGCGCAAGAACCUGGACAUGUGGCGCAAGCAGGCAGAGGAGAUUCGCAACAUCCACAACGAGGAGUUGAUGGGUAUCCGGCGAGAGGAGGAGAUGGAGAUGUCAGAUGAUGACAUGGAGGAUGUUCUGGAGAGCAAGGACUCUGAUGACUCUGGCCCCGCGGCCCAGGUCGAGGCCCUCAAGGAGGAGAACGACAGCCUGCGGUGCCAGCUGGAUGCCUACAGGAAUGAGGUGGAGCUGCUGAAGCAGGAGCAGGGCAAGGCGUCGGUGGCGCCACGGGGCGAGGAGGAGGCCACACGCCAACAGCAGCUCAGCUUCCUGCAACAGGCCCUGCAGGGCAUGCAGAAGCAACUGCUGAAGUUGCGUGAGGAGCUGAAGCUGAAGGAGACUGAGCUGGAGAGGAGCAGUGAUGAGAAGCACAAGCUGGAGGGCCAGGUGAAGAGCCUGCAGGAACGUACACUGCCUUUCCCCCCAGCACAGUCGCACAGGGUAGAAACAGCUGAACGAGAUGACAGAGGCAGUGAGGAGAGGGCCAAUCAAUCCAGUGAAGCAGCUACAACGGCAGUGGUCUCCUGCAGUCAGGAGAAGGAGAAUCUUCCAGAGAAGGGACCCCCCAGCCCCAUCAAGUCAGAGAGAGAGGCUCUGCUAGUUGGGAUCAUCUCUACCUUCCUGCACGUGCACCCGUUCGGAGCCAGCAUCGAGUACAUCUGCUCCUACCUGCAGCGCCUGGACACCAAGAUCGGCACUCUGGAGGUGGAGGCUCUUCUGGGUCGUCUGCCCUGCACCUUCAGACAGGAGCUCACGGGUGUGGGUGCCAGCCUGGAGAAGAGGUGGAAGUUUUGCGGCUUUGAGGGGAUCAAGACCGCAUAGGGGGCGGGCU